CUUCUUCACACAGAGAAGCAAAGCCAUGUACAAAACUCUCAGGAGACGAACAAGGAUUCCUUUCUUCCAUCAAUGGACACACAUGCUAAUAAUUUGGAAAGCGAUGCAGUGCUGUACGAUCAAUAUGAAAAGAGAGUGCGACCUUGCAUUGACCUCAUUGACAAGCUGAGAGCAUUGGGUUUGGAAAAGGAUCUGUCUCUUCCAGCCAUCGCAGUAAUUGGAGAUCAAAGCUCUGGAAAAAGCUCCGUCCUUGAGGCACUUUCUGGGAUCGGUCUACCCAGAGGCAGUGGUAUUGUGACUAGAUGUCCUUUGGAACUGAAGCUGAAGCAUACCGAGGUGCAGAAUACAUGGACGGCCAAAAUCAGUUACAACAACUACAGCAAAGAACUGUCGGGCCCAUCUGAAGUGGGCAAAGAAAUUCUAAAAGCUCAGGACACCAUGGCCGGCGGGAACCUGGGAAUCAGCUCCGAGCUCAUCAGUCUGGAGGUGGAGUCCGACAACAUCCCUGACCUCACGUUAAUCGACCUUCCAGGCAUCACUAGGGUUGCUGUUGGUAACCAGCCACGGGAUAUUGGAGACCAAAUCAAGCAGCUAAUUAGUUCCUACAUUAAGGAGGAUAAGACUAUUAACCUUGUUGUCAUACCAUGUAACGUUGACAUAGCGACCACAGAGGCCUUGAAAAUGGCCCAGGAAGUUGAUCCUACUGGAGAAAGAACACUGGGUAUAUUGACUAAACCUGACCUGAUUGACAAGGGAACAGAAAUAAACAUCCUUAAACUGGGGAAUAACGAGGUUGUUACCUUGAAGAAAGGUUAUAUGGUUGUCAAAUGCUGUGGACAGCAGGAUAUUAAUGACAAUUUGACACUGGCUGAGGCUUUAGAGAGCGAGAAAGCUUUUUUCAAGCAAAAUAAGUUUUUCAGAACACUCUUGGAUGACAAAGCGGCGGCAAUACAGUGCGUGGCUGCUAGACUGUUGACAGAACUGGUAAUGCACAUUCAGAAAACUUUACCAACAAUUCAGAAUGAAAUUCAGUGCAAAAUUGCCGAUACCAAUAAAGAAUUGGAGAGGCUUGGACAGAGAGUGCCUGUGGAUGACGAGGAAAAGACGAACUUUCUCCUUGAUAAAAUUAGAGGCUAUAUUGAGGACGUUGUUAACGUAACAAGCGGCGAGUACACAAAGGACUACAGUGAUAACAAUACACUGUACAGCAUGGCACGUAGGACUUUUAACAAAUGGAAUGAGUGGCUUAAUUCAGACCAAGCUGAGUCCAAAAAGCUAAUGAAAGCUACAGUAACAGAAUACUUUGCAAAGUCCCGUGGGAGAGAAUUACCUGGAUUUAUCAAUUACAAGAUCUUUGAGUCACUCACCAAGAAUCUGAUCCUGAACAAGCAACCUUACUCUCUAACUAUGCUAAUUCGGGUAAUGUGUCUGGUCCAGUCAGUGCUUAAAAAUCUGACUUUCUGUCACUUUAAAUGUCUGCCAAACCUACUGAGAUCUGUCCAGAAAAUGAUCGAUGAUAUUCAGGAGGAGCAGGAAAUGGAAGCGGAGAAAAUGCUGAAGACUUUGUUCAAAAUGGAAAGCCUGAUCUACACUCAGGACUUCAUUUACUGCAAAAAGCUGAAGAAGAUUCAGGACACAUAUGAAGAAUCAGACGAAGACGAGGAAACCCCAGAGGAUUUUGUUAAAAACAAAGAAAUGACCAGAAUGUCAAUUCAUUUGAAGGCCUAUUUAAAGAUUGCUUUGAACCGACUGGCUGAUAUAGUGCCAAUGGCCAUUAACUUUCACCUGCUGCAGGAGCUGGCAGACAAGCUACAAUGUAAAAUGCUCCUGUUGCUGCAGCGCAAGGAUCAGAUUGAGAUGUUGCUGAUGGAAGAGGCAGGUAUCUUCGAGAAGCGCCGGUUCCUCUCCAAAUGUCUGAAGAGACUGAAAAAAGCUAGUGAGGCCUUGACCAUGUAUUAACAGAACAUAUCCUGCUGUUAGUUAUAGCGAACAUUAAAUAAACUAGUGAAUGAAUAGCAAUAGCUGUUGAUAGCCCAUGCAUGUGAAAAGAAGCUCAAUGUAGUUCAAACAUUAUGAAAAUUUUCCACUGGCUUCAGUAGUUUGCAUUUAGGUGUAGGUUCAAUGUAGGAAUUGUCUAUUUUGCAAAAAUUUCAAACAGAACAAUAUUUUACCUCUAGCCACCUACUU